ACGAGUCGGGCCCGCCACCUCUCUAUCGACCGCCGCCUCGUCGUCAAUGGGAUUCCAAUAAACGCGAUUGAUUGACCUAUCUUUUCACCCCCCCCCCAUUUAACCCGUUAGGCCGUCGCCAUGGCAGACUCUCUGCCCUCUACACCACCUCCUCCAUUCCCCGAUCACCGUGAACCCGAUAACCACGACGACGGAUGCGAGUCAACCCAGCCAUUUUCAAUAUCCUCUCCAGGGUCAGUGAUGAUCAUGCUACCGGUGCGAUGAUUGCUCGGUUUCUCCCGGACGAUGCGAAUCCAGCCAUACGCCCUUUGUCUGCCCGAUGUUCGCAUUGUCACGCAGGAGCAGCCGGUCGAUUGUCACUGGCACCAGGUUUCGUUCAAUAUCUUUCCUCUCCUCUUCUCCCCUCCCCAUUGAACACCGUGGACUGUCGUUCAGUUUCUCGCAGGCCAUAUGCUCACAGCACACCGCCCAAGGCUGUGAAGGGUCUUUAUAAAUAGCCAACUCCUACCCAGUAGGUACGCCUGCUGGAAGGACUGGGUCUCUUUAUUCGCCCUGGACGCUGCUGAGAGCUAUGUGGCUGAUGCGUCUGGAAGUACGCGUUUCAAGCUAUCAAGGACCUUUAUAGAUAGUCAACCCCUACCCAGCAUGUGUGCACGAUGCUGGGAGGACUAAGGUCCUUGACUCGCUUGAGACCGUUACUGAUGGAUACAUUGUCUGCAAGAGCUGCGGUAUCAUGCUCACUGAUUCAAAUCCUCACUCCCCUUCCUCCCUUCUUCCUCUCGGCUAGCGCUGAAUGCCCAUCACAACACAUGCUCGCUCCGUCUCUCGCAGGCCAUACGCUCAAAGCAUACCGUCCCAGGCUGUCAGGGGUCUUGAUAAAUAGCCAACUCCCACCCAACAGGUACGCCUGUUAGAAGGACUGGGGCUUCUGGUUCGCCUAGGACGCUGCUAAGAGCUAUAUGGCUGAUGCUGCGUCUGCAAGUAUGCGUCCCAAGCUGUCAGGGGUCUUUAUAAAUAGCCAACUCCUACCCGGCAGGUACGCCUGUUGGAAGGACUGGGGCUCUUGAUUCGUUUGGGACCGUUGCUAGUAGUCGCAUCGUCACGCGAGAUCGGCGGAUCUUCCCCUUCUCAGAUUACGCUUACGAAUAUGGUUACAGGGAGAUUGGUGGCAUCGAUGGAGACAUGCCCGGCGGCAAACACAACGAAAGUUACGUAGCGACUACAUCCUUCGCAAGCGACGAUGACGAGAAACGUUGCAAAAUCAACCUCUCUGAACUUAAUGGAGUUGUUGCCUGGAAGAACGGCAUCGACCUGGAGAAACAACACACAUUGGAUUUGCGUAUCGAUCUAUACGUAGAUACCACAAAGCUGCUAGCCAUGUUCAAACUGCAUGGCUUUAUCCUACUCAAAGAUGGCAACACCAAGAAAAAGCUUUACUUGCUUGUUCAUCCAGAGUCGAUCCAGUCGAUCGAGUUCGCUCGCAGUCAUCGUCCGCCCGCCAUGCAGGGACCUGACGGCGACAACUUCAUUUCCCUAGAGUUUACGAUGACACAACCACCUAGUCUCGUGGCGCCAACGGCAAACAAAGGGUCUUACGAGCCGAGGCCUCGGUAUCAAACUCUUUUUGACAACAUGAAGUCUCUGGCUACAUUGUGCCAGUUCACUGUUUACCUGAAUCGCCUCAACCUUACACCGGAGUAUCGAGAGCAGCUAGCUUUGCUCCCAUCGGUCUUCUCGUCCUCUCAUCCAUUUGGCCUAAUGCGGACGGACGAGAUAUUGGCAUCGUUCGACGUUUUGUUCCAUGGCGGGCCCGGUCAGGUUAUCGACUUGGGCAAGACUGAUCCUCCUUCUGGCACCAAUCACAACCAGACUUUGGAAGAAAUUGUAAAGGAAACAGCAGCAAAACCGACAGACGUCAUCCCUCCCCCAUAUACCAACGAUAGCUCGUCUCGGAAUGCGCCGGGGUACUUGGCCCCUAUUGAUCGAAAGCGACGUAUAAGUGAAUCCUUGUCUCCUGUGACGACAGAUGAACAUGUGCAGCCGCCUUCCACCUCGGGCUCACUUCUUCAAAGCCCGAAUCAGUUCUCAACCCCGACUAACCGAAAGCGUCGACGCACAAGCGAGCUCUUAUCUCAAUCUCCAACUGACAAGCACAUUCUCCUCGCAAUACGCCGAGUGCUCAGCCGCACCGCCAGCCUCGAUGUUCGGGUCAAACAGGUUGAGAAACUGAUAACCGAGUGUCUCAAUGUUGAAAGCACUUGCCGAUACGACACAGAGGAGGUGGAGCAAAUUUUCGGUCACAUAAACACCAAAGUCGACGAAAGAAUCGACGAUCAUUUGUAUGAUGUGCGUCGCGAACUCGAGGGCGCGCUCCUAAGCCAGACGGAGGAAUGGGUGGCUGAGACGGUUGAACUAGCCCAAGAGGAGCUGCGGAAGGAGAUCGAAGACGGGUGGGUCGAGGAUAUCCGUCAGGAUAUUACGGUGAAGAUGGAGAAGAUGGUCAAAAGAGAGGUGUUGAAGGACAUGGUACAGGCAGUGAAGGUAAUGAGGAGUGCUCAGGCGCACAAGGAUGAUGCGAAACCCACAACACGGAGGAGGAUGUCCAACAGUACAGCAAGUACACAGAGCACGGCGACGUCUACCAAGCCGAUCCCCUCUGCAACGUUAAACCAGUCGCUACCUGGCGCAAUAGACCUCCAGACCGCCAUCAGGGAUAUCCAGAGGAGGUUUAGUCCCAAGAUCUCUGCGGAAGAAAUGAUGAGGGUGUUGGAUUUCCUAGGCGAAAACCUCAUUGAAGCAGUCAAAUACAACGGGUGCGAUACCGAGCUGAAGUGGCUGUAUGUGCAAAGAUGGGCAGCGAAGCAAUAAGAGUAGCCGAGCUGAUCUUAGCGUCGAGUCGAAUACAUCACACUUUUGG